UAUUUUUCAGAUCCUUGUAAACAUGAAACUAUCAAUAUCCUUCUUCCUGGUCGUAAUCUGUACCAUGUGCUUGGCCGCACAACAAAGUCAGGCUAAGAAAGGCUGUAAUGCAUAUGGCUAUGCCUGCUAUGGAGGACAUGGCAAACGUUCAUUGCAUUCGCAAAUGCCCGAUAUGCCAACAGGUCUCGACCUACAAAAUGAGCCGAAUCAACAGCAACAACAACAGCAGCACCAUACCAAUCCUAUGCUUCAAAUGUAUCCAAGUGAGGCCAACACUAUGCUUUUGGAUGCCGACCUAGAAGCAUAUCCCAGAUAUCGAUUAAUUAAAAUGAUGAAAUCUUGGUUUGGUAAUACCCAUAGAAGGCCGGUAGCUGAACAUAAUGCUGAUGCGGAUUAUCCACUGGCUGAAGAGUUUUUCAAUCGAGAAAAUAAUAUUAACACCAACAACAACUCCUACUAAGUUAAUAUAACU